AUGUCCUCAGCUAAAGACGAUAAAGUUCAAGUUACUUUCAGAGGAGUUUCCCUCGCCAAUGAGGAUUUUAAUUUUGUACCACAACCUUACUUUGCCGUAAAUCCUCGCACGACUUCUUAUCGUUUGUGGGAAGCUGUUAGCGCGAUUUGCAUUUUCUUGACUUGUCUGUUAGUCCCUUAUCAAGCAAGCUUCGAAUCUCGAGAUGCAACUCUUUGGGUUUUCGUUUAUAUCUUUGAUGUGCUGUUUCUCGCCGAUGUGUUGCUUAAAUUUCGGGUUGGAUACUUCAACAAAGGAACUCUUGUCACAGACAAAUCAUUGGUUAGUCGACGUUAUCUUCGGACCAAAUUCGUACCGGACUUACUGACGCUAAUUCCCUUGGAUCUGCUCGUGUUUGGAGUUCAGACACAUCUUGAAUGGCAUCAGUUGCUGACUUUGGUGAGGCUCAACCGGAUGUUAAGGGUUUACAGUCUGGCGUCGUUUUUUGGGGCAAGAGAAAAUGAGUUGGGAACAAACACUGCACUGAUCCGGGCAUUGAAAUAUGCUGCCAUUGGUACGAUUACGAUCCACGUGAUGUCCUGCGUGUGGUAUUCACUGGCCUGCGCCAAUGAGGGAGCAGCUGUUGAAGGUCAAAUCAGAAAAGUUACGUCAUGUGACCCUGACAGCUGGGCAAUAAAACUUAACACAGGCAAGACAUCAAAUUUGAGUAUAAUAAAACUCCGCUUAUAA